AUGGACCCAGUCUCUAUCGAUGCAGUGGUCGUCGACCACAACGACAUACAGCCAAUACCCAGCAUCCCUCCCACGGAACCCAUGGCCAUGGAGCAGCCCAAGCUGAAAGGGAGGCAGCGUCUGCUCAAUGGACUACACCGCAUGGGCUCCUCUCCAAGCCUCGCUGGCUUUGGUAGAGCCCGCUCGCAGAGCCUGAGAAGCGGAGGCAAGGCUUCAAUGUCCUGUGUCUCCCUGGCCUCCCCAGGCUCGCCCUAUGGUACCUCGUUUGGCAGCUCGUACUCGUCCGAGCUAUCCAACGGCUUUUCAACCGCUCCCACCUCGGUCGCCAACAGCCCUCCUGGCACGCCAUUCUGGGACGAGAGAACCCGUCUACGCAUGAAGACGCCCGAGACCCCGUCGUCGGUCCCCCUGCCUUCCUCCCGCCGGCCCUUUACCAGAGAUGGGCUCGAGGCGGAGAGCGAUUACUUCUCGCGCCCCGUCCGCAAGGUACAAAAACGGGCCAACUUCAACUUUUGGCAACAAAUGCCCGCAGAGAUCCGCAUACAGAUUCUUCGAUACCUGGAGCCAAAGGAGGUUGUGCGCUGUUCGCGUGUCUGUAAAUCAUGGUACACCAUGUGUUUUGACGGUCAGCUCUGGAGUGACCUUGAUACUACCAAGUUUUACCGCGACAUUUCAGCCAAUGCUCUGGUCAAUAUCAUCACUUCGGCUGGCCCGUUUGUCAAGGACUUGAAUCUGCGGGGCUGUGUCCAGCUGAGGGAACAUUGGGGCAAAGACGGCUUCAUUGAGUCUUGCCAGAACUUGGAAAACUUUUCACUUCAAGGCUGUCGAAUUGACCGCGCGUCGAUUCACUGUUUCUUACUUCAGAAUAGCCGUCUCGUACACGUAAAUCUAUCUGGCCUUGCAGGCGCGACGAAUGCAGCCAUGAAGAUUCUCGGUGGACACUGUCCCAAGGUCGAGGUUCUCAAUAUCUCAUGGUGCAACAACAUUGAUAACCGAGGACUCAAGAAGGUAGUCGAAGGAUGUCCGAAACUACGAGAUAUCAGGGCUGGCGAAGUAAGAGGCUGGGAUGAUGUCGAUCUCAUGGCCGAGCUGUUCAAGCGGAACACACUUGAAAGACUUGACCUCAAGAACUGUGAUAGCCUUAGUGACGAAUCACUGGCUGCUUUGAUUGAGGGUGUGGACGAAGAGAUUGACAUCCUCACUGACCGACCAAUUGUCCCGCCUAGGAAACUCAAGCACUUGAACCUUACGCGCUGCCGCAGCAUCACCGAUACUGGCCUAAAGACCUUGGUCAACAACGUCCCAUUCCUAGAGGGUCUUCAAGUCUCCAAGUGUGGAGGAUUGACCGAUGAUGGCUUGCAAAGCUUACUGCCCACUCUCCCUGUUCUCACCCACCUGGAUAUCGAGGAGAUUGACACGCUGACGAAUGAAGUCCUGAAGACACUUGCUGAGUCCCCAUGCGCAUCGCAUUUGAAGCAUCUGUGCAUUUCAUAUUGCGAGAACCUAGGUGAUUCCGGUAUGCUCCCCGUUCUCAAGGCGUGUCCCCAACUUGCUUCAUUGGAGAUGGACAACACACGCAUUUCUGAUCUUGUCUUGGCCGAAGCUGCCUCUGGAUUGCACAAUCGCAACAAGAGCGGUCGUGGCCUUGCACAUUCUGAGCGCCCCGAAGUAGGUCUUCGCAUUGAGGCCUAUGAUUGUUCCAACGUCACCUGGACUGGUGUUCGCGAAGUCCUUUCCCGAAACGCAGAAAUCACUCGUCCUACCUCCCGGUCCGCUUCCAAAACCCCGACGUAUCCACGUGAGAUUAUCAAGCUCAAGUGCUUCCACAACUGGCAACCAACUGUUGAAGAACACACCAAGCGCGUCUUGCGAGGUGACUUUGCUGCCGCUGCACGUCUGGAACGUAAGUGGGCCGAUUGGAUGAUGAUGAAUGAAGAAGCUGGUGUUGGCGGUGCGGGAGCGAGGCGACGGCGGAGGCGAGCGCGAGAGGCGCAGAUGAUGCAUGCUGAUGAAGAAGAAGGCGCAGGUGCGACAGGCAUCGGCCGUCGCCGGCGUGCACGAAGUGGGCCUGGUGGUUGCACUGUGAUGUGA